ACCUACCUAAACUCCACGCUCGUCCCCAAUCAGGCUCCAAGGAAGUGGGAAUGUGAUUGUGAUUCUUCAACAAACCAACGUUACCGGAGCUCGACUUUUCCGUAGAGCUAUCUAUCCUUUUUAUCAUUGCGUGCCUUCGUUAGUCCUGAAUCGGUCUCUCACGUCAACCGAAGUGUCCAAGCUCCAGUGUGGUCGAGAAUCGAAUACUCCUGCCGUCAAGGUCCCGCACGGCGAUAGACUUCAACGGCUCAACUUGGCCUUGCCAUUGUCAACGCUGGAACGAAGUACCAAACUGCCGGUCAUUGUGCCUACUGAGCGCCGUUAAGCACUUGCUUCGAGCGUCAAAAUGGCGACCUUACAACCAGUCACCAAUGUCGUCGAAGACCAAGCUCGCCUGCUGGAGGAAGCAUUAGGUGUGGUCCGUCAGCAAACUCACUUGAUGCGCAAAUGCCUUGAGACGCCUGGUAAAUUGAUGGAUGCAUUGAAAUGCAGUUCGACGCUCGUUUCAGAACUGCGAACCAGCAGCCUCGGUCCAAAGCAAUAUUAUGAACUUUAUAUGGCCGUCUUCGAUGCUCUCCGACACCUUUCUGUCUAUUUACGGGAGAGUCAUCCGGUGAAUCAUCUAGCCGAUUUGUAUGAGCUCGUUCAGUAUGCUGGCAACAUUGUUCCUCGCCUGUAUCUCAUGAUCACCGUUGGAACAGUGUACAUGGCAGUGGAGGAUGCACCGGUCAAAGAGAUUAUGAAAGAUAUGAUGGAAAUGAGUCGAGGAGUUCAGCAUCCGAUACGAGGUCUUUUCUUGCGAUACUAUCUUUCAGGUCAAGCACGAGAUCAUCUCCCAACGGGCAGCGGUGAUGGCCCCGAAGGAAAUUUGCAGGAUUCGAUCAGCUUUGUCUUGACUAAUUUUGUCGAGAUGAAUAAGCUGUGGGUGCGGUGGCAGCACCAAGGGCACUCGCGAGAGAGGGAAUUAAGAACCAAGGAGAGACGGGAACUUCAACUCUUGGUCGGAAGUAAUUUGGUCCGACUGAGCCAACUGGUAGAUCUCGAGACCUACAAGACCGUUAUCCUUCAGCCUCUCCUUGAGCAGGUCGUUCAAUGCAGGGAUGUCUUAGCACAGGAGUAUCUUCUUGAGGUUAUCACACAGGUUUUCCCUGACGAGUUCCAUCUGCACACGCUGGACCAAUUCCUAUCUGCGACUGCUAGGCUUAAUCCAAAUGUCAACGUCAAGGCGAUAGUUAUCGGACUUAUGGACAGAUUAUCAGCAUAUGCAGCACGUGAAUCGGAAUUGUUGCCUCCCGAGGUUCGUGAGAAGAAGGAAGAGGAAGCAACAAGUGCGAUGCUGCAAAAGCUACGCAUUUCCAAGGAGAAUCAGCCGCCGACCAGUGCUGCCCGCCCGGAUGGAGAGACGGCAGAGAAUGGCGCAACUAAGGAAGCACCUACUCAGGAUACGACGGUAAAAGAAGCUGAGGCUCCCAAGGAAGCUGAGGAGGCUACAGCGAACGGAGAGACAAAGAAUGCCAACAAAGCACGUAGUAUCCCAGAGGACGUCAAGCUUUACGAGAUAUUUUAUGAGCAGGUUGUCAAUCUCGUCAAUGUCCAACGACUUCCGAUAGCAGACAUUACUGCCUUGCUGGUAUCACUUGCUAAUCUGGCAUUGAAUGUGUAUCCGGAGAAGCUAGAUUACGCCGAUCAAAUCUUGGCUUAUGCCAGAGAAAAAGUGACUCAAUUUGCAAAUAGCCCGGAUCUGCACUCGCCUGCUUCGCAAGGGAACAUUUUGAAUCUCCUUCUAGCACCCAUAAAGGCAUACUUCUCCCUCUUCACAGCCCUGGCACUUCCCAAUUAUAUCUCCUUGCUCCAGGCUCAAACAUAUGGCAUUCGACGUGCUGUUGCGGGUGAGGUAGCCAAGAGCGUUCUCAGAAACCAAACUGCCGUAUCGACAUUGGAGAAUUUAGAGGGGAUGCUUGAGAUCCUUAAAGUGCUCAUCAAGGAAGGCCUUCAACAACCCGCUGGGUACCCUGCUCUGCAGUCGCAGAGACGAGGGGCUGAGACUGAUGAGACAAUUGAAGAGCAAGGCUGGUUGGCAAGAGUAGUCCACCUGAUCCAAAGCCCCGACAACGAUACGCAAUUCAAAUUACUGCAAUCAACGCGAAAAGCGUUUGCCGAGGGAAACGAGCGGAUCAAAUAUACCACUCCUGCGCUUCUUACCUCCUCUAUUAAACUCGCCCGGAGAUAUAAGGCUCGCGAGCAUUACGAUGAUAAUUGGUCAUCACAAUCUGCCGCAUUGUACAAGUUUAUGCACACUGCCAUCUCAGCUCUUUAUACUCGCGUCACUGGCGCUGCAGAGCUGAGUCUUCGACACUUCGUUUCUUGCGGUCAGAUUGCAGAUCAAAAUGGCUUCGAGGAAGUUAGCUACGAGUUUUUUGCUCAAGCAUUCACCGUUUAUGAAGAAGCGAUCAGCGAUUCCCGUGCCCAGUUUCAAUCCGUAUGCGUCAUCGCCGGUGCACUCCACGGCACCCGCGGAUUCAGCAAAGAAAACUAUGAUACCUUAAUCACCAAAUGUGCUCUGCACGGCAGUAAACUACUCAAGAAGCCUGAUCAGUGCCGAGCUGUGUAUCUAGCAAGCCACUUGUGGUGGGCGAUGGACAUUCCGUCAAGAGGGGAAGAUGACUCCAAAAACCUUUACCGCGAUGGAAAGAGAGUGCUCGAGUGUCUACAGCGAGCACUUCGGGUCGCCGAUGCCUGCAUGGAUACCGCGGUUUCAGUGGAGCUCUUUGUUGAGAUUUUGAACCGAUACGUCUAUUACUUUGACCAACAGAACGAAGCGGUGACGACAAAGUAUCUCAAUGGUUUGAUAGAAUUAAUCCAUUCAAACCUGCAGACCAACCAAGAAAGCGGCUCGCUCGAGAACCCUCGGGGCCAUUUUCAGCGAACUCUGGAUUACAUUGCAUCGAGGGAGUAUGAAGGAGUCGUCACGCAACCCAAGUAGUUCUUGCUAUGCUUUCCAUGUUUACGGGCUCCGACAGUUUUCGAUAAGUUGUUUUUACCAUGAUUGUCUAUUUAAUCAUUAGAUGUCAUGGUCAGGCGUCUUGUACAUUGCUACUCUUAUGUUCUCAUUCCGGCAGAGAUUGACUUCCUGUUACCUCGAGCCACAAGUCAUCUUCAAUUUUGAUUCCUCUUUGCGUCUCUCUCAUAUCCUCCCUUCUUCUUGACGGUCGGGAAAAGUAGCCCUAUUCACCUUUAUAGCGCUCCUUCAAUAGACGAACAACAUGUAAAAGACCGGU